AGAAGAAGAAAACCAGACAAAUAGAAACAACAAAGAAUCAUCAUAAAAUCCCAAUAACAACACGGACCACAUACGCCCUUUUACUUUUGAAUUUAAUUCUUCUUCUCUUUUCACACUCCUUAAUUUGCCUUCUCUUCUUCAUCUUCUCCAACUUCAUUUACAUAGAGAAAGACGCAGAAAGACACCAUUAACAUAAAACUCCAUGCAUUUCUCAGCUCUAACAUGGCUUUUUCUUUUCUUGCUCUUUCACGUCUCUCAUUCUGAUCCCAGAAUCUCAGAAGCCGCUCUCUUUUGUGGCACCAACAUAACAAAAACUUCGAACUAUGUUCCAACUUUUGUCCGAGAAAUGGAAAAUCUUUCUCAAGUAAUAACCACCACCCACUUCGCCACCUACCAUGUUAAUCUCUCCACCACUAAUAAUCAUACAAGAAAUUCUUCUUCUUCUUCAAGCAUUUACGCUUUGACUCAGUGCCACCACGACCUCUCUCAGACUGACUGUCUCCUUUGUUAUGCUGCAGCUCGCACAACUGUCCCUCGUUGCCUCCCUUCUCUCUCAGCUCGCAUCUUUCUCGACGGGUGUUUCUUGCGUUACGAUAGCUACAAGUUCUACAAAGAGUAUGUUUCGCCUGCUCUUGACAAUGUAACGUGCAGUAAAGAGAAUGUUAGCUUUGCCAAUUACGAGAAUGAGAAUGAGUUUCUCACGAGCGUUGGUUAUGCAGUUGGGAAUGUUACAAGAAGGGCGGUGAGAACGGGGAGUGGAGGGUUUGGAACGGCGGAAGUGGAGGGUGUUUACGCAUUGGCUCAGUGUUGGGAGAGCGUCGGACAAGAUGGGUGUAGAAGAUGUUUAGAGAAAGCUGGAAAGGGUGUGAGAGGAUGUGGGCUCAAGAGAGAAGGUAGAAGUUUGAAUACCGGGUGUUAUCUGAGAUAUUCCAAUAAGAAGUUCUUCAAUGAUGAUGGACCAGAUGAAGAUAGUCAUGUUUCUGGGCUCGGAAUCACCAUAGCCAUUUCUUUGGCAACAGCUGCAUUCAUCAUGGUCUUUCUCUUUGCAGCUUAUGCAAGCUAUACAAGAAUAAAAAAGAUGAAAGAAGAACGCAAUAAUCUUGCCCAAUUCGCGAUUCCAAUGAAGAAUUCUUGCUUGAGUUUCAAAUAUGAGAGCCUCGAGAAGGCGACAGAUUAUUUCAGUGCUUCAAAGAAAUUAGGCCAAGGAGGAGCAGGUUCUGUGUACGUAGGGACUCUUCCAAAUGGGAAAUCUGUGGCUGUCAAGAGGCUGAUUUUUAAUACGAGACAGUGGGUAGAUGAGUUCUUCAAUGAGGUAAAUUUAAUCAGCAAAAUUCAACACAAGAACUUGGUGAAGCUUCUGGGUUGUAGCAUUGAAGGCCCUGAGAGCCUCCUGGUUUAUGAGUAUGUACCAAACAAGAGCCUCGAUCAAUUCCUUUUCGAGAACAACAAAACAAAACUUCUAAACUGGGAGAAGCGGCUUAAAAUCAUAAUUGGAAUUGCUGAGGGGCUUGCAUAUCUUCAUGGAGGUUCAGAAAAAAGAAUAAUCCACAGGGACAUUAAAAGCAGCAACAUUCUUCUCGAUGAAGAUUUUACUCCAAAGAUUGCAGAUUUCGGGCUUGCCCGGAAUUUCGCUGCUGAUAAGUCUCAUCUUAGCACUGGUGUUGCAGGGACACUUGGAUACAUGGCUCCGGAGUAUCUUGUUCGAGGACAACUUACCGAGAAAGCAGAUGUUUAUAGCUUCGGAGUACUGGUUCUUGAGAUUGUAUGUGGUAGAAGAAACAAUUUGUAUUCACAGGACCAUAUAUCUCCUCUCCAAACAGUUUGGACACUUUACAGAUUAAACAAUCUGAUGGAAGCAGUUGACUCUAGCCUAAAAGAAGAAUUUCAUGUAGAAGAGGCAAAUAAAGUGCUUCAAAUUGGGCUUCUCUGCACACAAGCAGAAGUUGCAUUAAGACCAUCCAUGGCACAGGUAGUAUGGAUGUUAACGAGCAAAAACUGCGAGAUUCCGAUCCCACAUCAACCGCCUUUUAUGAGUACUAAUGUGACCAAGCCAGAAGGUUCCACAAGGUCUCAUAACACAAACAGUUUCAUAGCAAAUGCAGCAAGAAAAAUGGAAUUGUCAUACACUUCUACAGAGUCUUCAAGUAUGCCCAGUUCAGAUGGGCAUUCAAAAAGUGGGGAAUUAAUCAGAAAGUAAAUUCAAGAACUAGAGACAUUGAAGCAAAAGAUUUCAUUUGCCAACAUUUUGAACAAAGCAUAUAUACAAGAAGCCUUGUAUUUUGAUCUCCUUGGAGUUGCAUAAAAGUAUUAUGGGACUGCACCUAUCAAUGAAGGUAAAAAUAUGAUUUGACAAUGUUUUUAUGAUUUUGGGUUGGGUGAAUUCUUUAGCUCAUAUGUGUAAACAUUGAAUUUCAUUUCAAUUUGGGGGCAUCCUUUGAUUUUAUUAAA